AUGGGCCAUGCUGAGCCUCACCCAGGUUCACCUAAUGACCAAGAUGUGCCCGAUGAAAUGAGCUCAGGGCCAACUCUCGACGAGGAAAAGAUCGAGAAGUCCCUGAUCAGGAAGAUUGACCUGCAUAUCCUUCCUAUCGUGGUGUUGUUGUAUCUCUUCAGUUUCCUAGAUCGAGUCAACAUUGGAAAUGCAAGAUUGUACGGCCUGGAAGAGGACUUGGGACUUGUUGGCAACCAGUACCAAGUCUCCGUGUCCAUCCUUUUUGUGACCUACUGUUUCUUCGAGGUCCCUUCAAAUCUUGUACUCAAGAAGCUCAGGCCCUCUCGUUAUAUUGCCACGAUCUCAGUGAUGUGGGGUAUCAUUGCAACCCUCACAGGGAUCACUCAGAAUUAUGGCGGCUUGAUUGCCUGUCGAAUCCUACUCGGAGUCGUAGAAGCAGGUCUUUUCCCGGGCUUUAUAACCUACCUUACACUUUUCUACAGCAAACGUGAGAUUGCAUUGCGAACAAGCUACCUGUUUAGCAGUGCAGCUAUUGCGGGAGCCUUUGGUGGGUUGCUGGCUUACGGCAUUGGGUUUAUGGACGGCAUCUGUGGGCUCAGAGGCUGGCGCUGGAUCAUGAUCAUUGAGGGAAUUCCGACAGUUCUACUUGGCGUGGUAACCUGGUUUGUCUUGGCAGAUGACCCGGACACAGCGUACUAUCUCAACAAAGAGGAGCGGGCGCUUGUUACCCUCCGCCGGAGUCGUUAUAUCGGCCAGACAGAGUCUGCGCAGAAGUUCCACUGGGCGGAUGUGAAAGAGGGUGUCUUAGACUGGAAGAUCUGGGCCUUCUCCUUUGGUCAGUUUGGUAUCGAUACCAUGCUCUAUGGCUACAGUACCUUCCUUCCUACUAUUAUCAAAGGCAUGGGGAAAUGGACCACCGCCGAGGUCCAGGCAUUGACAAUCCCUUGCUAUGGACUGGGUGCCAUUGCCUAUUUGAGUGUUGCCUGGUUGAGUGAUCGCACCCAACAUCGUGCAUUUUUCAUAUGUCUCUUCUGCGCCAUCUCAGUCGUUGGAUAUGGCAUCUUGAUUUCAGACUCAUCUUCGGGUGUUCAUUACUUCGGUGCCUUGAUGGUCGCCCUGGGGCUCUAUGUUGCUGUUGGUUUACCUCUUGCCUGGCUGCCUACGAAUUUACCACGAUACGCAAAACGCACUUAUGCAACCGGCUUGCAGCUUACCUUUGGAAACAUCAGCGGAGUCAUGUCCCCUUUCUUGUAUCCAAAUUCCGAAGGCCCGCGCUUUGUCCGUGGUAACGCUGUCACUUUAGGUAUGGUUGCAUUUGCGGGUAUUGUGUAUGGUUUCAUGUGGGUUUCCUAUCGUAUUAUCAACAAACGCAGAGCCCAGGGUCUGGAGGACGAGAAAAUAUCGUCACUAUCGGAGCAGGAUAUCCAGGAAAUGGGUGAUCGAAACCCUAGCUAUCGUACAGGCGACACUCGACGUAAAACAGUCACAGUCGGCACUGUUACCGCUCUGGAGGACCAUCUUACUGCCCUCGAUUCCCAUGACCCGGCUACUGGCACUACUGUUGUGCUCUCCCCAUACCAGACCUGGGCGCGGCGCACCACUACUAAGCUCGACGGUGAUGGCAACGUGAUCCUUCCAACUCCGCGCCCGCGUCGCUCGUCUCGCUUACAUACAGUCGAUCCACAGAUGAUAGAGGAUGACUACGAUGAGGAUCAUGUCACUAACGACGAGCUUGGCCACCGUGGCCACCUUACUACUGAGGUCGGCUACUGUGCCCUCCCCAUCACUCUCCGGCUCACAUCUCUCUUUACCGUGAGCCUGGCUUCACUAUAUAUGGAUCUUGGAACAUAUAUAUAUCGACAAUGGACUGGGCUAUAUAUCGGCAACUCUCUCAAAUAG